UUCUUUUUUUUUGUUCGCAGAAUUUGUUGGGUUAACCCGUGAAUGGUUCUGAUCUUUCGAUUUAUGUAGCAGACGUAGAAAUGCGGUGUUUUGUCUGCGAAAUUGUGGUUCAAUUUUGCGGUCCGCGGCUGGAGGUUCUCUGCGCGUUGUCGCGCUAAAAUGUCGGGGAAGAAGUUAGUUGACUACUCCGACGUUAGUUCCGAAGAUUUUUCUGGCGACGACAGGCGCGGCUUGAAGGACGGUGGAAGUCCCGAUAUGGGGGGUAGACGUCCGAAGAACCGCCGGAACGGCCGCCACUACGAUGAACCUCCGCCGCGUGGUCGCCUGGCCCCACUUCCUCCUCCGCCACCGCCGCGGCACUGGUCCGGACUGGACUAUAGAGACGCCUGGGGAGACGGCGAUUCCCAUCGGUACGCGGGGGGCCGUCGUUCCGGGCCACCGCAUCAUCAUUCUCCGUCGCGCGAUUCGAGUAAAAAUCGCAAGUCAAAAAAGCGGAAGCACGACAAACGGAAAGACAAGAAGAAAAAGAAGCAUCGCCGCCGGUCUCCGGAGGAUUUGGAGCCGAUUUCCUCGGACGACGACGUCAAUGGGACAGUGAACGGCAGGGACAAGCGUCGAAGGAGAUCGCCGGAAAAGCGGCCUUACGAUGAUCUCGGCAGUCCUUUGAGUUCGGAUGGUUCGUCGGGCAAGCGGCGAUCUAGAAAGCGGUCUAGGCGGAGUCGUUCGAGAUCUACUGGGACUCCGCCGAGGCGUCCUUUAACAUCUUCACCUGAUUCACUGAAACGCGGCCUAACACCGUUGUCGCCGCGAGGAAAGCAAUUCCGUGGGGAUUCCUCUCUUCCAGGUGCAUCGAAGCGGAAUAGACAUGCUGCGUCUAGAAGUAGAUCUCGUUCACGCACCCCAGAUGGAAACAGGGCGAAAAAGACGCGGUAUGACGGGAAAGAUAAAGCAAGAGGUUCCAAGUCUCCUGGUACACCAAGCAGCAGUCGACGAUCAGAGCGGAGUCGAAGUCGCGAUAGACGCAACGUGGAUUCGAAAGCUUUGUCAAAAUCUGUUACCGGUAGUAGUUUCAAAACCACUGCGGGUUCUCCGGGUCGCGGAAAAGCCCGUAAAUCAAAAGUCGACGACAAACUCAGUGAUACCGCGUUGUUCGCUCAGUUGAGAAAGCAAACUUGGAAGACCGGGGAGGAUGAGGAUAAGUCAGGCUCCUCACCCGCCUUCAAAGCUUUGCUGAAGGUUGAUGGUGAUUCCAAAGACUCGAAAGAGGAGGAUGGACUGGAAGAUGGAGAAGUGGAGGAUCCGGCAGAAGCAAUAUCUGCGAGUCAGAGAUUAGCCGAGGACCAAGAUGCCGCCAGGACGUUGGUUACUGAGCCCGAAAAUGGCGGAUCGAAGAUCCUAGAAAUGCCCAUGCCGCCUGGAAUGGACCUGAGCAGUAUGGAAUUGGAUAACAUUGACUCAAGUCCGUCUAGUGCCGGAGGACUAACGCCGAAAAAGAAACGGGAUAUCACAAGGGCUAAGAAAGAACGCAAGAUGAACCUGAAAGAUUUACCCAUGCCACCGAUGGCACCAGAUAGUCACUCAAAUCAGGACUUCGCAACUCGCAAGAAUCCCGGAAUGGCGUCUUAUGGUGGCUUUGGCGUUGGAUCUUUCCCGUCCGAUUUCCGGGAUUCGAUGAUGCAUUAUCACCAUCCCUUGGCGCCGCCACCGCCGCCUCCGUCACCGCCGCCCCUGCCUCCAGUGCCAGACGGAUCACCGUUGUCCGAUGCCGGCGAAGUCCGGCGCCUCGCGAGGCCAUCAACCAAACGUCCUCGAAUAUUUGACCGCAGACCACCGUCGCCAACGAAGAAUUUGCACGACUGGGGAGAGCGUUGUGUGGAAAUGUUCAAGGUGCUCAGCUUGAUCGGUGAAGGCACAUUUGGCCAGGUGUUCAAAGCGGAAGAUGAAGUUACGAAGGAACUGGUUGCGUUGAAGAAAGUAAGACUCGAGAACGAGAAAGAAGGGUUCCCGAUCACCGCUGUUCGGGAAAUAAAAAUCCUUCGGCAACUCAAUCACAAGAAUAUUGUGAAUCUGAAGGAGAUUGUGACAGAUAAGCGCAACGCCCUCGAUUUUCUGAAUGAUCGGGGAUCAUUUUAUCUUGUGUUCGAAUUCAUGGACCAUGACCUCAUGGGGCUUCUCGAGAGUGGACUCAUGGAGUUCACUGAAGUUCAUAACGCGUCCAUCAUGCGACAGCUGCUUGAAGGGCUUUCAUAUUGCCAUAAUCGUAAUUUCUUGCACCGAGAUAUCAAGUGCUCCAACAUUCUCAUGAAUAACAAGGGCCAAGUGAAACUUGCUGACUUCGGGUUAGCUCGAUUGUACGAGGAAGAUUCCGAACGCCCGUACACCAACAAAGUGAUCACGCUGUGGUAUCGUCCGCCGGAGUUGCUCCUGGGCGAAGAAAAAUACGGACCAGCGAUUGAUGUCUGGUCUUGUGGCUGUAUUUUAGGCGAGCUUUUUUUGAAGAAGCCAUUGUUCCAGGCAGGCCAAGAACUGCAACAAUUGGAAGUCAUAUCUCGGAUUUGCGGGUCCCCUACACCUGCUGUGUGGCCGAACGUGAUUAAGCUGCCCGGAUGGCGCAACCUGAAGCCGAAGAAGACUCAUCGUCGGCGUGUCCGGGAAGAGUAUGCCUUCAUGCCUAACCUCGCAUUGGACUUGUUGGAUCGCAUGCUUGAGUUGGAUCCGAGCAAACGGAUAUCUGCGGUUGAUGCCCUGAAGCAUAAAUGGUUGCGGGAUGUUGAUCCGGAAAAAAUUUCGUGGAGUAGCUUACCAAAACAUCAAGAUUGUCACGAGAUGUGGAGCAAAAAGCGAAAGAGAGCACAGAGGGAGCAGGAAGCUGGGCUCCAACAACCCCUUCCGCCUGGAAAGCCGCAAAAUUUUAGACAGAUGGGCGAAUCUUCGGAUUUUUUGGCUCAGCGAGCGCCCAGGCGAGAAGGUGGGUUCGGGGGUACCUCGAGUACUUCGUCAAGUCCAUCCAAAUUUAAGGGGGCAGGUGUAAGUGCUCAAGAAGAAGGCCAGUUGCAACGCGAUCUCGGUCGUAUGAAUCAUCUGCUUGGUUCGUCGGCGGCUGCUGGACACCGUCCCGUAACAACCGGUGGCAAUCGGGGCAUGCAAGAUUUACAACACAUGCCCCGGAACGAGUUGUUUCAGUUGCUUGAAACUCUUUCAAGUCAAAAAAUUCUAGAUCCCGAGACUAUGCAAUUGGCGCAAAGUAUCAAGUCUAGCUUGAUGCGAUCCGGUGCAGUGAUGGGACCUACGUCGUCAAUGCUUCCGGUGGACUCAUCCGCUGCUCCAAUGCCUGUGCCUCAAAUGCCCGUAGCUUCAGCUCCUGUUAGAAAUCCUAAUGCUUCUGGUGCCUUUUUGCCUGGAUCAGGCAAGCCAAUCCCGAAUGCAGAGUCUGUAAUAGGUUCCAGACCUGGAUCGAUUCCUCCCAACAUUGUCCGUGCUCCUCCUUUACUCCCGAGUCCAAUACGAGGCUCGCUUCAUAGCCAACAUCCGCGUGGCGGAAGUGAUGCACCGCCGCCUCAUCCGUAUCGUGGAUACCAGCCCGAGGGCCUAUUUUGAUUACUAUUAUGUUCGGAACACCGUAGAUUGCAUUUCGCUGUCUCCUAACCAGUCACAACUGAGCUUUUCAUUCAUGAAAAGCGUUGCUCUCAUCUUCCGCGCACGGUAUCCUACAGCGUUUUGCGAAAACAACCCGAGUGCCGAAAAUGGGGAACUCUGGUUAGCUGUGCCGCGAGCAGCGAGUGAUUUUCGCGUGGCUCUUUCUAUGGAUAGGUACAACAAUUUUUUUUUUCGCAAUUCCGUGUCCGUAGAAGUGGGUCGACGUUCUUACGGCAAACUAGCUUGGAGAUGCGAGUUUGCUUGUGAUACAGCUGGACUAUUGUGGAGCAAUGUACUUGGAUGGUGAUGCCGAGAUAGUUGCUCUUGAAGAAAAUGUUUUUUUCCUGUCUCCGGGCACGUCGCUUCUACGGCUGAAUUUUUGGUGUUGACUGAUUUAUGUAUGUAUGGCGUUUGGCAGGGGGCUACCGACCGAAUCACUUCGGAACUUGAGUUGUUUCUCGUUCAAAUGUUGAAUUCAGAUUGUGUGAAAAGUGACCGAUCACGAUGGAAUUGUGCAAACAAGUUCCGCUUGUGGGAGUUUUUAUUGCUUA